AUGUCUCUGGAAAAUUUAAAAACACAGAGAAGAUCUGUGAAAUCUUCUAUUACCAGAAUGAAUAACUGGAUAACUUCCCAAUCUACUGUUACAAAUGAAACUGCAUUUAUGAAUGAAUGUAUAAACAGACGCGACAAGCUUGAAAAGUAUUUCUUACAAUAUGAAAAUAUUCAAGGUCAAAUUGAAAUGCUUAUUGAAAACUCUCAGGAUGAAUUGUCAGAUAACGAAGACAUAGACUUAGUUGAGAAAAAAUACUUCACAACUAAUUCUGAACUAUCUAGAAUGAUUAAUGAAUUGACAUCGAACGAUAAUUCAAACUCUCAGAGUCAAACUAAUAAUAAUUGUAAUAUCGACGUCAAGUUACCUGAUAUUUCCUUGCCUAAAUUUAAGGGUCAGACGUCAGAGUGGCCUUCAUUCAUUCAACUCUUUGAAAAUCUGAUUAUUUCUAACAAUAGCUUAAAAAAUAUCAAAAAAUUGCUAUAUUUAAAAGCUUCCCUUUCAAACGAGCCCUUGCAAUUGAUAGACGAUCUAGAACUUUGUGAUGACAAUUUUCAAAUAGCUAUAGAUACUUUAAAACAAAGGUAUGAUGAUCAAAGUGUUCUACUGUAUAACUUCAUUGAUCAAAUAUACCAACAAAAACCUGUGAGCAAAACUGGCCCUACGUUUUUACAUAAAAAACUAGAUCUACCAACUCGUAAAUUAUUUGAGCAAAGUAAAAAACAAGGUGAAAUCCCGUCCCUUGAGAAUUUUUUCGAUUUUUUGAAACAACGUAGUGGUAUUCUAGAGCGCACUCAAAAUAUUCAAGCUUCUACUUCUAAUUCAAAUGAUACUAAACAAAAGUUUAGUCCCAAAUAUUCGAAAACAACUGCUCACGUGAAUUCUAUGAUUCCUACAAACAGUCAAUCAGAUUGUUAUUAUUGUAAAAAUGCUUCACAUUGUAUCUAUACGUGUGAAUCAUUUGAAAAUUUGUCUAUCAGUGAUAAAUAUAAAUUCAUACAUUCGAAUAAUCUCUGUAAAAACUGUCUAGGAGGUCGCCACAUCACAAGGGAUUGUAAAUCUCUAAAAUCUUGUUCAAUAUGUCAAAAAAGACAUCAUACUUAUCUCCAUUCUGACUCUUUCCGUGCAAAUGAUGAUGCACAUAAUAAUAAUAAUGGUUCUAUUUCCCAAAACCGUUGUAACAACUCACAAUCUAUUCACUCGAAUGUACAUACGACAAAUGGUCAACAUCCUCACACCAAAUCGAUAAAUAAUCGAAAUAAUAACUUUAAUCGUCAAAUUGACGAAAAUUCACAUCCUCACCAGGCUACUGAUAAUCGACAAAAUCCUUCUAGACCACAGAAGAAUUAUGAUAAUGCUGAAACCAACGAAAACUCACAAGAUAAUAAUUCUAACGUAUCUGCUAUACAAACACAAUCCUUAUCUGCUCUAUCCACUGAAUGCCACGUGCUUCUAGCUACGGCUAAAAUAAUUAUGAAUGACUCUCACAAUAACCCAUUUAAAACUACUAUUCUGCUAGACAACGGUUCCCAAAACUCAUUUGUUUCACAAGAACUAGUAAAUAAACUACAAUUGAAAACGUUUGAAAAAACACUGCAAAUUUCCGGCAUAUCACAAACAGUAUCAACCACAAAUAAAAUGGUUCAUUUAAAAUUCUUUCCACAUUCCAAUCCGAUCAAACACUUUGAAAUACCUUGUGCAGUAUUGCCAAAAAUUACUUGCAAAUUACCACAAGUAAAAAUUAACGUAAGCCAGCUACGUCUGCCUACUGAUAUUAUUCUAGCCAAUCCAGAAUUUAACAUACCAUCGGAGAUUCACAUUCUAGUUGGGGCCGAUUUAUAUUACAAACUUCUUACACCAGGUAUCAUAGAUCUCGGUAAAAAAUUACCUAGUUUACAAAAUACUAGCUUAGGCUGGAUGAUUGCUGGAACUAUUCCAAACAGUGCUUCUUUUAAUUCCGUGAAUAUUCAAAAUAAUGAUUCCGUGUUUACAAGCUGUAAUCAUAUUUCUAUAUCGAAAAAAGACCUAAGUUCAUCUCUUUCUAAAUUUUGGGAACAGGAAGAAAUUCCUUCUAAGAGUAUUCUCUCGUUUGACGACGAACUAGCGGAAACUAUUUUUCAAAAUUCCACACAAAUUCUGGAAAACGGCAGGUUCCAAGUCAAUUUCCCGUUGAAAUCUGAAAAAGAACACCAUAAACUCGGUGAAUCAUUUCUGAUCGCUAAAAGGCGAUUUCUCUCGCUCGAAAAUAGAAUCCAUAAAAAUCCAGAAUUAUUUUCUGAAUAUGUAAACUUGGGACAUGCAAAAUAUGUCACUCUUAACCUCACUAAUUCAAAAAACGAAUUAAAAUAUUUUAUCCCACACUUAUGCGUAAUUCGUGAACAAAGUAUAUCUACAAAACUUCGUAUUGUCUUUGAUUCUAGUUGCCCUACCUCAACAGGUGUUUCUUUAAAUGAUAUAACUUUGAAAGGGUACCAGGUGCAACCAGAUCUAUUCGAUAUUCUUUGCCGUUUCAGGCUAAAUAAGUUUACGAUAACUUCUGACGUACAAAAAAUGUUUCGUCAAAUUUCUAUAAAUACAGAACAUCGUUUUUUACAAAAUAUAUUAUGGCGAGAAAAUCCUCAACAACCCCUGCAGUGCAUUGAGUUAUCAACUCUAACUUAUGGUUGCAAUUUCUCUCCGUUUGUAGCGACAAGAGUAUUGCAAGAGAUUGCAAAUAAUAAUAGUUCCAAUUUCUCUUUAGCGGCAAACGCCCUCAUAUCCGAAACUUACAUGGAUGAUAUAAUUUCAGGUACAAAUUCUGAACAUGAAUUGAUAAAAUUAAUUCAAGAAUUAAAAAUUGUAUUAGGAAAUCACGGGUUCAAUUUACAUAAGUGGGCCUCAAAUAACUCAAACGUUCUCGCUGAAAUUUCUGAUUCAAACAAUUCUUCUUUCUUACAAAAUCCUGAAAAAUGCAUUAGUCUUGAUUUAGAAAAUUCUCAAAAUAAAGUUCUAGGCCUAAAUUGGAUCCCAGCUUCUGAUAAUUUGAACAUUUCUGUCCCCACUACCUUUUCAAUAUUCCCCGCAACCAAGAGAAAAAUUCUCUCAACCAUAUCGCGAUGUUUCGAUCCUCUUGGACUUUAUAAUCCCAUAAUAUUGUCUGGAAAACUUUUGGUCAAACAAUUAUGGCAAGCUAAACUUGACUGGGACACAGAGAUAUCAGAUCCAGUCAUACUGGAAAAAUGGCAUACAUUCGUAAACAAUCUUCCUAAGCUAUCUCAAUUAACUAUUCCAAGAUUCAUUUUUUUGGACAAAUCCAUCAAUCUCAUCGAAAUGCAUGGUUUCUCAGACGCGAGUCUGAAAGCUUUUGGCGUAUGCGUGUAUUUACGAACCAUUUAUUCUGACAAUUCUGUUUCCUGUAAUUUAAUUUCGGCAAAAUCGCGUGUAUGCCCCGUUUCUACCACAAUUACACUUCCUCGGCUAGAAUUAUCAGCCAUGCUCCUACUGUCUAAUUUAGUGGACAAAAUUUAUAAAAACUUUCAAACAAAGAUUAAUAUUAUUUCUGUAAAUCUCUGGUCCGACAGCCAGAUCGCUUUAUGCUGCCGCAAUGGUGAACCCAGCCGUUGGACAGUAUUUGUAGGCAACAGAGUUGCUAAAAUUCAAGCCAUAACUAAAGAUCAUUCAUGGAGGUAUGUAAAUACUAUCGAUAAUCCCGCUGAUUUGGUGUCACGUGGCACUAGCGCAAAUAAUUUAAUUUCUAAUUAA